AACCCUUGAGCAACUUCUGCUUCUCUCACCCUGCCAUUGCUGUGUAUUUAAGUGGCAUUGUCUGUCACCUCCUUCUCCCACUUGUUUUCUUUCAGUCUUUCUUUCUUCUUCUUGUUUGCUGAUCUUGUUCCUUGGUGGAAGGAUGCUUGUCACCUACUCCUUUUUGAGUUCCCCACUCUCCUCACACUUGUUCUACCUCUCUUCCCCAUAAAACUAUUAUCAUCUUUGGAGCCAAAAGCCAACCAAGAGGAGAAAGCAAAGGGAGGAGAAAAGAAGCAAGCAAAGCAAAGCAAGAAGCAAGAAGCAGCUGCUCAGCUCAGCUCAAGCAAGUAAGUGAAUUCUUGCUUGAUCGAUCCAUCGAUCGAUCGAUCGGUUUGCUGGUGAUGGACAAGCACACUUGCAAGCUCUGCUUCCGCCGAUUCCACAAUGGCCGCGCUCUCGGCGGCCACAUGCGCUCCCAUGUCAUGGCCGCCGCCGCGGCCGCCGCGUACUGUCCGUCGUCGCCGGCGAUGUCACUGGCGUCCACGUCGUCGACGGAGAUCGAGAUGGAUGAGAAGAAGGAGAUGACGAAGAAGACGGAGCAGGAGAAGACGCUGACGUCGUACGUGUUGCGCGAGAAUCCCAAGAGGAGCUACAAGGUGAGCGCCGGUGAAUUCUCCGGUGGUGGUGGUGGUGGUGGUGGCGGCGGCGAGUCGUCGGUCGUGCAGGACGGCGAGAGCGACACGGAGUCGUCCCCGCCGCGCGGCGGAGCGGGGUCGUUCUUCGCCGUGAGCCGGAGGCGGUCGAAGCGGGCGCGGCGGCGGCGUCGCGCGCCGGAUCCCGAACCGGCGAGCAGCGUCUCCGACGCGACGACGGAGGAGGACGUGGCCAUGUCGCUCUUGAUGCUGUCUCGGGACUCGUGGACGCGUUCCAGAUCCGAGCACGAGACCCACCACCGGGGGGCGAGCUCGGAGGCCGAGCAGAACAACAACAACGUCGUCAACGUGUUCGACGAAGAAGACGAGGACGCCCGCGACGUGGCCGGCGAGGAUCACGACGAGGAGCUCAGCUACGGCGGCGGCGAGGCGGCGGCGGCGCGCCACCGCACCAGCAGGUUCCAGUGCGGCGCAUGCAGGAAGGUGUUCCGGUCGUACCAGGCGCUCGGCGGCCACCGCGCGAGCCUCAAGAGAGGCAAGGGCGGCGGCUGCGUGCCACCGCCACGUCCGGCGCCGGCGAGCUCCGCCGCCGCGCCGGCCAUCCACGAGUGCCCAUUCUGCUUCCGCGUGUUCGACUCCGGCCAGGCCCUGGGCGGCCACAAGCGCGCCCACAUGCCAUCCGGCGGCGCGCGGCCCUCGCCCUCGCCGUCUCCGGCGAAAUGCGGCGAGAGCUCCGGCUCCAUCGAUCUCAACAUGCCGGCGACAAUGGAGGACGACUUCGAGCUCUCCGCCGUGUACGACGCCGAGUUCGCCAGCACGAGACAGUGACCACACACCACCAACCAGCUGAUCAUCCAUGGCUGCCAACUCCAGAUCACCAAGAAAUCGGUAGGACAAACUGCUUCCUAGCUGCAUGCAAGGAUGGAUUCAUUCGAGGUAAGAAGCUCUGCAUCUCUUGCAAGAACCAGAAUACCAGAUCAUGGAGAAUUCUCUGUCUUGUUGCUUAAGCUUCAGUUACUGUUGCUGUUGCUGCUAUUGCUAGAGCUGAAAAUUCAGUUGAGCAGCUGAAAAUUCUUUUUUUCAUUUUGGGCGCUCUGUAUCUAAAUCAAAUUGAUAUUUUUGCUCCAUUUAUCUCA